AUGUCUUCAGCAACCACGUCUGUCUCCUUACCCAGUGGUCUCAAAGUCCUGUCUUCUUUUCCAGAUAUUCUUGUUCUCCCUGAAUUUGUUUUUGGUGGCCUCGUCUGGAUUCUGGUGGCAUCUGCAAAAGUGUACUUCCCGAUUAUUCAAGGCUGGGUGAUGUUUGUCUCUGUUUAUUGCUUUGUACUGUCAACGUUGCUUCUGUUCCUCUAUUUCUGUGGAGCUCACGGAGAAAAUUCUGCUUGGGUCGCUGUGGAUGCCUUCUACCAGGUAACAGCUUCUCUCUUCUACUUGAGCGCAGCAGUUUUGCAAGCCUAUGCUACACUCUAUUUGAAGGAUUCUGAGUUAUUCUACAAAACCUACCGAAUAAAUAUUGCAGCAGUGGUCUUUGCCUUUGCAGCCACGUUGACCUAUGUGAUCCAUAUGAUUUUUUCAUUACUGAGAUGGAAAUCUUCUUAA